AUGGAUGAAAAGUGGAGGAAUGUCGCUUCUGAUUUUAGUGUGUCUAAGCAAUCCCAAUGGGAGGAUGUAAAGUUAUUCUGGAAUAAGGUCGAUCUUGAAAAAAUCGAAACUAGCUCACAAAUGUUGGAAAAGAGAGUUUACCAAGCCGAGACGGAACAACAAGUUCAGGCAACUGAAAAUGCUUCACGUCAGAUGGACCUAAUUCAGAAUAUAUUUAUCAACAAGAGCGAAAAGCGUGGUCAUGACUUGCAGGUUGAUGAAGCAUCAAAAAGGCCGAGAUCGAGUGACUCUUCAAAGCUUACGGAAUCAAAUGAUCAAGAACAGUCAUUCGAACUCUUAUCAUCAUCACUUUAUUCGAGUCAAGAAACAAUUGCAGAUGUAGUCGAUAAUCCGUUUUUCGUAUCAAACAAGGCAACUGCUGUUCAGGACAAGGAGGGCGAGCUUACCAAAUAUAUCCGCGAUCAAGAAAGUGAGAAAAUCUCCUCCGAGCUUCCCUCCGUUGAAGAAAGUGCUAGAGAUCCCAUAUUGGAAUUUCCUGACGAUCCGCCUGAGCUUAAUGAUGAAGAUGUUAUUGUUUAUAACAAAAAAACAAUGCGGGAUGCAUAUUCAAGAACGAGACAGGAUAUCUACGAUCGUACUUCGCAAAAAGAUAAACCAUUAUAUGUACUUACGGACGAACGAAAUUGGCGUACUGCAGUUCGUCAACCAAUUAAACCAAAAAUUUCAAGUUUCUUCAGAGAUGUUAUGGAUGACUAUGAAAUGGUAAUUAAUGACAUUGAUUUACUUCGGUUAAAAUAUUACGAAAUGUGGGGGAGAUAUUGUGAUCAAGUAAUAUAUUCAGAUAGCGAAAGGCGUCUAUUCGAAACAACGCAAGCUGUUACUCGUGCAUUUUACGAGAGAAUGCAUAUGUCCAACUCGGAGAAAGUUAAUAACGAGGAUACAGUUAUGCACGAAUAUAUUCAUGACACUUUUAAAGAAACGUUCCGAGAUUCAAAUUACGAUACCAUUUGGGCAAAUGAUGAAAGUUUAUCUUCGAAGUACCACCGCGCAACCUACGGACGCAAUAAAGGCAAAAAACCCGAUAUGGUUUUAUAUCGAAUCAUAGAAAAUGGUGAACGUGAAGAGUCUUGCUUCAUCGAAGCCAAGCACUUUUCUAUCACAAGAAACAGCAACAUAGGCGGUUACAAUAUGUACAAAGUAGCAAUAUUUUGUCAAGGAGGUUUAAAUAAAAUGAUGUCUUCAUAUGGAGGAGAUACGGGAGCGUCUUUUGGAGGUCACAUUUGCGAAGGACAUAUUUACUUCUGCAUGAUGGACCUUAAGUAUGACGGAAUAUACCGAUUUUUUCAACUUUCUGAAGUAAAGCUUGCGCGGAAGCUUUCAGAGUUCAAUCUUGUACGAAGAUUGAUAAUGGAAGCUUUUUUCUUUAAGUGUCGCAUUGAUAACUUUUAUUCCAAUCGAAAUGGAUCCUCUAAUCAAUAUAG